AUGUUUUUCAGAAGCACGCGGCGAGCCAUGUUUUCUGGUACGUUCGUACUGAUGUUGGCGCAGGUCGCUAGGAUAUCGGCCCACCCACUCUUAGACGGUAAGGAAGAGGAAGGCGUCAAAGUUACGAAGACUGUUGUUGUAAGGACUACACUUUGCGACUCUAGAACUACGACGUUAGAUCCAACCCAUAUCUCUUCCUCAAGCUACAAGGUUACCACCGAGACUGCAUCCUCUUCUUCUACGAUUUCUCGACCUUCAACCUCAACAUAUAGUACUCAUCUUUCACCCUCCUCACUUAGCAAGAGCACAACACCAGCAUCUCAGACGUCUGGAAAGUCCACCAUGGCCUCCGAUAACCUCUUCACCCUCAUCGAUGGCAGCCCUGCUCCGCCCCAGAUCCCUCAUAAUGCCUCCCACCCGGCCCCUCGAUUAAACAUGGUCGGAGAUAUCAACAGGCCACUCCAAACGAACAAAUUCUACGCAAAUUGGUUUCUUGGAAGCCAGACCCAACCUGUGUGGACUCACCCCUACUCACUGCAAUGGGCCCAUGGCGGAGGAAAUGCACAAAGCUGGGGUAUGGGAAUUGUUCAGCUUGACCGGAGGCAGAUUGUCUUUAGUCCUGACGGCAUUCCGCAUCAAUACUACCUCAAUCCUAUCGGGAUACACUCCAUGAUCCUAUCCGCCGCUGAACUGGGACCUUCUACAACCUUGACAACGGAUAAUCACCAAGCCCUGACCGUGAACGCGAAUCUUUGUCCAGCUGCUGGGGCAAAUCCACUCAUCACAAUCCCUGUGGUCCAAGGAACUGGAAUGAUCACUGGAGUAUACAAAGGAGCUACUCCGUCUAUACAGAGCCACGUGCAAUACCGCACUAUCGAUGCACCCAUCACAAUGGGCUCAACGGUCAAGUACCGAGUGCUCCUGGAGGACAACAACCAAUGGCUCAUCUAUGUGACCCCGAACGGAGGAUAUAACUCUGCUGGCUUCCAGAGGGACCCCUCCAAGCCCAAUACCACCUUUUUGGGACCUGCCAACUUCAACGGCAUCAUUCAAAUCGUCCGCUGCGUUAGUGGUGCAGCUGAAGAAAACAUCUACGACAAGUCUGCCGGCGUCUAUGCCACAGGCGCCACGAUUGCCGCUUCUACGUCUAUGCAAACUGGCGGUGGUACGACUGGAUCAUACACUUUUACAUGGUCUAAAGGCGGGAAUACCUCCAAGCCUCUCAUCAUGUUUGCGCUCCCUCAUCAUGUUGAUUCAUUUGACCCCGUAACGGCUGCCGCCAAAACAUCGAUCCGCUUUGCUACGGCCAGCAAAGGCUUUGCGACCGCCAUUCAAGCGGAUCACAUGACGCUUCUUGAGCCCAACCUACCUGAGGCUAUGGAUUUCGGGCCCACAACAAUGACGCUCAAGCGUUCGAUUCUGCAUCGGAAGCGCACCGGACUCUCAUCCAAAGCCAUCUCUGCCAUUUCCGCAGCAGCUGCGGAUGAACUGAACGUCGAUAUGAGCACGCAAUGCAACCUUAACAGCAUGUACUUCAGCGGCAAAGGCAUCGCCAAGUUCGCAAUGAUCGUUUGGACCCUGUACGGCCUAGCUAAUAAUCCAAAGCCAACGCUCUACUCGCAAUCACUCGACAAGCUCAAGGUCGAGUUUGACCGCUUUGUGCAGAAUAAACAGGCAGCGCCGUUGACGUACGAUGAGAGCUGGCGAGGAGUCAUAACCACAGGCGGGUACCAAGAUCCUGGCGCAGACUUCGGGAAUACGUACUACAAUGACCACCACUUCCACUAUGGCUACUUCGUCUAUGCUGCUGCUAUUAUCGCGACCCUGGAUCCUAGCUGGUUGACUAUCAACAAUGGGCAGAACAAGAUCUGGGUCAAUAUGCUGGUCAAGGACUUCGCGAACAGCAACAUGGACAACCCGCAGUUCUUUCCUUUCUCCCGGUCAUUUGACUGGUGGAUGGGCCACAGCUGGGCGAAGGGACUGUUCGAGAGCGGAGACGGAAAGGAUCAAGAGAGCACGAGCGAGGACUCCAUGGCCAGUCUGAGCAUCAAGAUGUGGGGAAAGGCGAUUGGUGACAAGAACAUGGAGAUGCGAGGCAACCUCAUGCUCGCCAUCCAAGCACGCACCUUCCCCGCCUACUUCCUCCUCGCCUCCAACAACACGAACCAGCCCGCCGAGAUCAUCGGCAACAAAGUCACCGGCAUCCUCUUCGAGAACAAGGUCGAUCACGCCACCUACUUCGGUAUGGCCCCCGAAUACAUCCAGGGCAUCCACAUGCUCCCCAUCAGCCCGGCGACGUCGUAUAUCCGCUCCAAGGAUUUCGUCAAUGAAGAGUGGAAUACUUACUUCAGCAAUGGGCGCGUGGAUGCGGUUGCGGGCGGCUGGCGUGGGGUCUUGUGGGCUGACUACGCGUUGGCGGAUCCGAAGACAGCGUAUAAUUUUUUUGCGAAGAGUGGGUUUGACUAUGGGUUAAUUGAUGGUGGAGCGAGUAGGACGUGGUAUUUAGCGUUUUGUGCGGCGUUGGGGGGUGCGGAGUAGAUGUUCCCUGUAAGGGUUUGGUUGGGAGGAUCCUUUGGGAGGCAUUACGAUGGGAGGUGUGUGGCUUAUUUGAAGUGAAGGUUGCAUAUCAAGUUGAACUUGGACGGAUAGUUCAUUGCUGGUAUUGACGUUCGAUAGGUAGAUUGCGUAACCUAUGUUUUACCGUGUUGGUAUCGUGUUCACGUGAUGUUGGUAAAGUGAGUCGAUAGACAUGCACGUAAGAACGACCAUUUUGGACUAGGAGGACUGAAUUGUCAGCUUUUCUAGGUACGUAGUAUGAAAUCAAGUUAGCAGCGGGUAGGUAGUGCCGUGAAUGC